AUUAAAAAAAAAGAAUUCUAAACAAAACAGUGUGAUAUUUAAGUUAAAGAAAUAAAAUUAAAGAAAAACUUAAAAAAAAAACUGUGAGUGAAAAUUAAUAAAAUAAUUAACUUAAGGAAAAAAUUUGGAUUAUCUGGCUUAAGCAACAGCAGUUCUCAACACAAAAUUUUUAACAAAAAAAGUUACUAAAAUCUAGAAAAAUAAAAAAAUGAGCAGCACUUAGUAAUAAAACGUUAAAAAAAACUCUCAAGAAAACCAAAACAUAUAUACUAUCAUUCAGCACUUAGUUCUAAAUCCUCACUUUUGGAAAAGAAAAGCUUUUAAGAAAAAAAAAAACUUUUUAAAUCCAAACACCUUAACACCCCCCUAAAACUACGAUUUGUUUAAAAACUGUGACCUAAUGACUAUGGCCGAAGGUACUGACCCCAUGGGGCAUCAUGCAACAUCUCAUCAUCAUCACCACCAACAGCAUCAGCAACAUCUGCAGCAGCAACAAAAUCAUUAUCAACAAGCCCAACAUUUGGCCCAUCAACAGCAGCAGCAGUCACACCAUUAUCCACCCUACACACACCUGCCCUAUGGUUUGCCCCAUAAUUUGGCCUUGAGUCUGCAGCAACAAGCGGCGGCAGCAGCAGCUGUUGCAGCCUCAGCGGCCGCCCAAGCCAAUGAGCAUAAUAACAAUAACUUAACAGCGGAAAAUGUUAGAGAGAACAACAACAACAAUAAUAAUACAACAAAUAUGCCCUGGAAGCAGAGGAAACGUAAACGUCUAUCGGCGGUUUUAGAUAAACUACACAAUAAUAGUGUAAAUCAUAACAUGGAGGUGGACACUGAAGAUCAGGAUUCCGAGAAAUCCAGUCUGACAAAAGAGGCUAAUAAUAAUCACAAUGAAAGUAAGUCCUCCUCCUCUACCAAACGCUCUAGUUAUAGUGGUGAUGAAGAAGCUGAUUCGGUAGAGGAAAUGUCUAUUGGAGAUAAUGAUGAAAGUCCUAGAAUAAGUCUAAGUCCUGUUAAUCAUAAUAACAACAACAACAAUAAUAACAACAACAAUAUAAUGGAUACUAAUUUACCUGCGGCGAAAUUCAUUAAAACUGAAGAACCUCAAAAUCCCCUGACAGUAGACAUUAAGACUGAGUCACAUAUGUCAAGUCCCUACGAUCGUUAUUUUCCCAUACCCUCACCCCUGUUUGGUUACUAUUUGCACACCAAAUAUCUCAAUGAAGUAUUUCGACGGAGACAAGAUCUCUAUACCUCGCCAAUGCAACAUACACCCUCCUCUAUAGCCUCAUCACAAAUGGAUGAAACGUCACCGAAUGCCAAGGAAAUGAAAGAGUUAAAAAUGGAAAGAUCUCAUCAGGGUGAAUUUACGGCAACAGCUGCCAGCAUGUCACCGUCUCAUAGUGUAGCCAUGGCUUUGCCUUCACCGCCACGCAGCGAGACCUCUAUAAGUGAGACUAUGUCGGCUAAUACCUCGGAUCCGAAUAUAAUGCCACCACCUCAGGAUAGACCUUUGGAUUUGUCGGUGCGUAGUGGUGGUAAUACACCCACAGGAGAGUUGAUGACACAAACUGCCGGAGGUGGAGGAGGAGCUGCUGGAGCUAGCUGUAAUCCUGCUAAGAAGUAUAAGUCUACAUCACCUUUGCCAGCCACCACCAUGAUGUUGCCGCCCAGCCAACAACCGAUCUCAGCUUCGUUGUCGCCCAGUAGUUGUAACAAUAGUUCAUCUACUGGUACGUCUACUACUACAACCACCAUAUCUUCAGCUCCUGUUUCUCCUUAUGGCGGUCAAAUGUCUCAUGCCGUGGCGGCAGCUCAUGCUCAUGCUGCUGCAGCAGCUGCGGCUGCUAUGAUUAAAAUGGAAAUGCCCAUGCAUCCCUUACAUCCUCAUGCUCCUACAACCACAGUCGGAGUGCCGGUUAUUAAGGGAGAUGUAGCAUCUCCUACUACUAAAGAAUCUGUAGCCUGGCGUUAUAAUUUAGAUGUUUCGCCGGUGGUAGAGGAAAUGCCUCCCGGUUCAGAUGUGGCCUAUGUUUGCCCUGUUUGUGGACAAAUGUUUUCUUUGCACGAUCGUUUGGCCAAACAUAUGGCUUCCAGGCACAAAUCACGUAAUCCCUCUAACGACAUAGCCAAAGCUUAUUCAUGUGAAGUGUGUAAUCGUUCGUUUGCUCGUUCCGAUAUGCUAACACGUCACAUGCGCUUGCAUACUGGUGUUAAACCCUACACCUGCAAAGUCUGCGGUCAAGUAUUCUCACGUUCUGAUCAUUUAUCUACACAUCAACGUACUCACACUGGAGAGAAGCCCUACAAAUGUCCUCAGUGUCCAUAUGCUGCAUGUAGGCGUGACAUGAUUACCCGACACAUGCGCACCCAUACACGCUACGAGUCUCAACAGCAAAGACAGCAACAACAACAACAACAACAACAGCAAGGAGCAGCAGGCGGACAUCAAGAGAAUAAACCUACACUACCCAUAUUGGCCGAUAUGAAAAUGAAUAUACCCAUGCUGUUGAAAUCGGAGGAUUAUACACGUAAUUCACCAUUGAAUCAUACAAUUGGUGCUUCAAUGCCGAUCGUAGUGAAAACAGAGAGUGCCUAGUUAAGCGCUCACAGCUUAUGGUAUGUUAACUCUCACAGCUUUCCGUUUAAAGAAAGCUUUUACUCUUUGAAAUGAUAUUAAGUUAAAAGAUCGAAAAAAUGAGAUUAAUUUUUUAGAAACUCUCUUUUUAAUAGAAAAGCAGCCUAAAACUUGCCAAUUUAGUUAAAAUUUAAUUUAAAACUUUAAAGACAAAAGUUUAUUACAAAACAAUUAAAAAAAGACAUUAUUAUAAAAGCACAAAGGAGAAGAGUAGCUUUUUAAGUUUUAUGUAGGUUAUACGAUUUUUUUUUAUAUAUAUUAAUUACAAAAAAAAAAAAAAACUAAUUUAAUUUAA